CAUAACAGCACCGGAUAGUGACCGGGUUCACAACAAACAAAAUUAAAUAUAGUAACAUUAUUUAGCGUUUAUCUUUGCUAUCUUGUAAAUUAGGAUUCGUGAUGAAUUGCCCGAAUACGCAUGCGCACUAAGUCGUGUAAGCGAUGGCGACAUUCCUGCUUUUUAUGCGAGGAACAGGGUUGGAUGGAAAGUUAUCUCGAUAAAACUGAGGGUUAGACAAACGUUAUCGAUACUUUGCAUCGUCACAGUCGCUCGCUAGCUACUUCGACCGUUUUAAGGUGCUGUUAACGCGAGCCUGCGUCGUUCAUGAGAAGACCGCAUACUAUCUUGCUAACUGUUAGCUAGGUAGCUUACGCUAGUAUGUCACACUUUGCCUUGUCUUGUGUUUGUCUGGGUAGCUAGCAAGUUAUCAUCAGCUUCAGGUUCUGCAGAAAGUUGCUGGUCAUCCAAGCUUGCUGACGUUAAACAUUUCGGGGAAGAGCUGCAUAAGACUCAUCACUGUGCAUCGGCUUGUUCAGCAAGACUGCUGCUCUGCCAACUGACUGGCAGUACCUCUUCAGUGGUGUGAAUGAGGGAGACAUGGCAGACCACACGCCACCUCUGGAGUCUGGCCAGCUUCUCAGCCCUGAACUCCCAAUCCUGGCCUCACCACCACCCCCAGCCAUGGUCAACGGGGAGGGCCCCCAGCAGGUAAUCCUGGUGCAAGUAAACCCAGGUGAGGCCUUUACUAUUCGACGAGAGGAUGGUCAGUUUCAGUGUAUCACAGGUCCUGCUCAGGUUCCCAUGAUGUCUCCAAAUGGUUCAGUGCCUCCAAUCUAUGUGCCUCCUGGAUACAUUUCACAGAUCAUAGAAGAGAACGGAGUGCGGCGGGUUCUGGUUUUACCUCAGCAACCAGAGUUCCACCCAGGGGGGCACUCCCCUCUCCACCAUCCUCCUCCACCACCCCAUGCCCACCUGCCUGCCUUCAUCCCACACCCUGCCAUGAUGCCCCCUCCACAUCACCUGUAUACAGGCAUGGCAGGGGGCGUGGGCGACAUGAGCUCCCAGUACAUCUCUCAGUACCAUCCAGCUCAUAUUUACCCGGAGCAGGUCUCUACAGAUUCUCACUCCCAACAUGGACGUCCAUCGUUGGUUCACAGAGAUGACAGAACUAACAAAACACAUGAACGUCUGCAGAAGAAACUGAAGGAGCGUCAAGGAGGAGGGCAGGUGAAGGACAGCCCUCCCUCGUCACCACAGAAGUCCUGCAACAGUCCCCCAACGGUGGACAUUCAUAACGGUAUUGGAGGGAAAGGGCUGGAGGCAGAGCAGGGGCAACUUAGGCACACAGUGUCCUCUCCUGACAAGCAGACAGGCAAGCGAAAAAUUGGAGAGUCAGCAGUACUUGACAAGGAGGCGCAGGCCCUACAAGCGCUCUUGAGCACCAUCAAUAAACCAGAGGUGUCAGACAUCGAGGCCAGAGGAGCAACAGUGAGCUGGAGUGCGCCCACCAAGCCAGAAAGUGAGAAUGACAGCAAGGAGGAUGACCCCAGCUUCUCAGAGCCUCUCUGCUAUGAUGUCUCCAUCUCAAUUAGUGGUAAAGAUGGGAAGUACCAGAGCAUGCACUGUGUUGUACCACUUCUGUGUUUUCAUUCAUACUGUUCUAUGGCUCCAUGUGACAAUGGUUCCAAAAUUCAAAACUACAUACUCCAGUGGGAUGAGGGGAAUGGCACUGGUGUUUAUGAACAGUGCUACUAUGGACCUCAGAAGCAGUACAAAGUGACCAAGCUUUCUCCAGCUUCACGAUACUCUUUCCGCCUUGCAGCCAAAAAUGACAUGGGUACAAGCGAGUUCAGUGAAGUGGUGGACCUGUUCACCUCAUGCAGUGUGCCAUUGCCACCCUUCCCUCCAGAGCUGGAGAUGGCGGGGGUGACCUGGCUGUGUCUGAAGUGGCAGAGGCCUGCUAGCUCUCCAAAGGAGGAUGACAUCUUUUAUACUUUGGAAAUGGAGGAGGAAGGCUCGGGAUAUGGCUUCCAGACAAGCUACAACGGUGACGAACUCUCCUUCACCGUUAGAAAUCUCCACAGGAGCACCAAGUACAAGUUUAGGGUGGCGGCAUACAACUCAGAGGGCAAGAGCAACCCUAGCCAGGUGGUCGAGUUCAUCACAAAACCAGAUAUACCUGGCUGUCCCUUCAAGCCUGUCAUCAGAGGAAGAGUCCUGCCCAACAGCUUCAAAAUGGCCUGGGAACCCCCUAAAGAUGAUGGUGGCUCAGAAAUCACUAAGUAUGUUGUGGAGCUGUCUGAAGGCACAAGUGGCUCACCGUGGGGGCAGGUGUACUCGGGGCCAGCUCUGGAACAUGUGUGUGAGGGCUUGAAGCCCGGCUGCUCCUACCAGACGCGAGUUUACUGCAUGAGCGAGGGGGGGCAGAGCCCGCUGUCAGAGACCCUGCAGGUCCAGACUCCCGCAGUGCCCCCGGGGCAAUGCCAGCCCCCUCGGUUGGUGGGCAAGCCCAAAGCCAGGGAGGUGCAACUGCGCUGGGGUGUCCCUCAGGUAGACGGAGGAAGCCCGGUCUCUUGCUACAGUAUAGAAAUGAGCGGGCCACAGUCUGAGGAAAGCAAAGAGGUUUACCAGGGUCCAGAGCUGGACUGCUCUGUAGGAGGGUUAAUGCCUGGCAAAACCUAUAGUUUCCGGCUCAAGGCAGCAAACAAGGCUGGGUUUGGCCCUCUUUCGGAGCGCUUUGAGGUUACGACUGGCCCCGGGGCCCCUGAGCAGUGCAAAGCUCCCUCCACCACAUGCAAGUCCUCCAGCUGUGUUGUUGUGAGCUGGGAGGCCCCUCCUUGUAAUGGAGCUCCGGUGACAGAGUUUCGUCUGGAGUGGGGAGCAGCUGAGGGUAGCAUGCAGAUUUGUUAUAGUGGACCAGGCCUCAGUCAUGAAAUGAAAGGCCUACUGCCUGCAACCAACUACUUCUGCCGGGUGCAAGCUGUGAACGUGGCUGGUGUGGGUCCCUUCAGCGAGGCAGUGUUUUGCCUGACGCCCUGCACUGUGCCUGCUGCUGUCAGCAACAUAUACGUGCUCAAAGAGUCUGAGCUGCGAAGUUACGAUACUCCAGUGGAUGCGGAUGAAGAUGAGGAAGAGGAGGAGAGUGAGUCCCGGCCACAGCCGGUCUACUCUCCGUCCACCUGCCUGGGUAUUUGCUGGGACCCUCCAUGCGAUCACGGCUCUGAGAUCAAUUCCUACCUGAUUGACAUCGGAGAGCGACAACCUAUCGUUGUUGGUCCGGUCACCAAACACGUCAUCCAAAAUCUACAGCCUGACACCAGCUACAGGAUUCGAAUCCAAGCCCUUAAUAGCCUGGGAGCAGGCCCCUUUAGUCACACCUUUAAGCUGAAGACAAAGCCCCUGCCCCCACAGCCCCCCCGCCUGGAGUGCACCGCCUUCAGCCACCAGACCCUCAGGCUCAAGUGGGGUGACGGCCCAGCCAAAGCCACCUCAGAUGCCCUUCAGUAUCAGCUGCACAUGGGGGACAAGAAUGGCAGAUUUAUAUCCUUGUAUAAAGGACCAUGCCACACACACAAAGUCCAGAGGCUUAAUGAGUCUACCUCUUACACGUUCCGCAUCCAGGCCUUUAAUGAGGCGGGCGAAGGGCCCUUCUCCAAUGUUUACACAUUCACUACCCCACGUUCUCCUCCAGCUCCUCUGAAAGCCCCUAAAGUGGAGCGUCUGGAUGAUAACUCCUGCGAAGUCACGUGGGAGGCCCUGCCGCCUAUGAAGGGGGACCCAGUAAUCUACAGCUUGCAGUGUAUGAUAGGAAAUUCAGAUUUUAAACAGGCUUACAAAGGCGCUGCCACAACCUUCCAUGUUCAGAACCUGCAGCCCAACAGUGACUAUCGUUUCCGAGUAUGCGCUAUCAGGCAGUGCCAGGACGCUCCGGAGCUGAGCGGUCCCUACAGCCCCACGGUGACCCUCUCCUCCCAGCGGAAUGAUGCGGCGCUGGCCGGCAGCGCGGUCAGCUCAGGAUCCAGGAUCGGCACAGAGUCCACCCGAGCCAGACAGAGCCUGAGCGACGAGCAGUGCGCUUUCCUCAUCCUCAUGGUUUUUGCCGUCAUCGCCAUCCUCAUCGCUUUUGUCAUCCAAUACUUUGUCAUCAAAUGAGCAGUCUGCACCCCCCAGCUUCAGGGUUAUAGCUUUACUCUUCCCUGCCCCUCUGUCUCUCUGUUGUUUUGUAUCCUUUAUUUUGUACUUACUAUUCUCCAGUUUCAACGGAGUAAUUGCAUUAGCCGAACUGGGGCGCAGCAGGAGGAUGGGCGGGUGAGUGGGCGCUAAAUGGAAGUUAUAAAUUGAGGAUGUAACGUCUCAUUUGGCACCUGUGAUACCUUCCUGACUCUCCUUCCUCUGUCUCCCCGCCCCAAGGUUGUGGUAUCUGUUGAGUCCAAAUGCCUAAUCCAUCACGAUUAGCUUCCUGUGCAAAAGGAACUCAGAAAGCAUAGGGAUAGGGUUUGCUUCGGGGAAGGGCUGGGGAGAAGUGGCGCAUAUAUAUAAAAAUGUAUAGAAAUAGUCAUUAUUUAUAUUUCCAUUUAAGUGUCCAGUAAGAAACAGUUUUUUGAUAGAUGUGUUCCAAAAAUAGUCUGUAGGUGUAAACCUAUGUGCUAUUUGAUCCUGGGACCUGGUGGGCCAGUGUUUGCACAGUGAGGUGUGUCCAGAUGUGUUUACUGUAUGUAGUUUGUGCCACUGCGGUACACGGCUGGGAGGGCCUCAGGGCCACACGAAGGGACGUGAUUCCCCAUGCUGGAGUUUGUUCGAGAAGUCUAGGGAAAGAAGAAUCUGAAGAGUUAACCUUGUUCACAUUAGUAGGACGUUCAUUUAGCACUUUCCAACCUUUUUGAUGUUCAGAAUGUUUAAGGAUGCAAAAAUGACUGGAGAAAUGUUAGUAUAUUUUUGUACAGUGAAGACACAAGGAUCUGUAAGUUUGAGGGAAAAAAAUGCUCAGUAUAAAGUUAGAAAACAAAAACCAAACUAACAGUGAAUUCUAAUUAUUUUUACUAUCAUAUAGUUAUACUGUAGCUUGUUUUUACAAUCAUGCAGCUGCUUUACUCUGAGAUAUUGUUGUUCAGCACAAAAAAUGUAUGCUUUCUCAUAUGUUCUGUUUUAUUUCGUUCUCCCCGGUAAUUGAUUUUGCACCUUAGUGAAAGAAAACCUAGACUGACUGCGUCUUGGUCUUGUGAUGCAUUUUAUAGAACACACUUUGAGAUUGUGAAAGCCCUUCAUGUGUUUUGGGUGUUUUUAAAAGUUGUUGAAUCACAUGACGUGUCACUGAAACAGCUAAUCAGCAAAAAUGAAAAAAUGAAAUAAAUUAAAAAAAAGGAUUUAAAAAAAGAAAACCAGAGGGAAAAAUAUCACAAGUUGUUUCAGAGGCCUUAAUUGGAGAGGAAAAAAACUUUGGGAGAUUUUUUUUUUCUUUCUUAAUUUCUCUUCAGUUCUUAUGGGGUUUUUUUAGUGUUAGAAAACACUACAAUGUGUUUCAUUUUACUUUUGCAAAAUUCAUUUGGUGUUUAGUAAACAUGUAUAAUCAUGAGAGAAAUGGAAAGUAGUUGUAUGUAUUAAAUUUAUUUUGGUUUCUUUUUUUUCAAGUCAUACAUGUGUGAAGUAUAUUUUUUUAUGAUAUUGAAGUAAUAUAAGUUAAUACUCUCCAGAACAUUAAAAGAAGAAAAAAAAUCCUGUCAUGAAUCAUUGAAAGCUGAAACAAAAUGUGUUAUCAUGUACUUCCUGUGAAUCUAAAUUUGCCUUUUCUCUGUGUGUUAAGUAUUUGUAACAGGUUGCUAAGCUGAGUUUUCAGUGGUGAUCUGGCUGUAGAGUCUAGUGAUUGGUUUUGGGCAGAUAACUGCUGUUGCAACUUUCAAAAUGAAAUGCAGGUACCUUGCAAAACAUCCUGGAUAAUUACAUGAUUUGGUCCUUCAGACAUUCUGCAAAUGUCUCCUCUUUGUCAUUUAAAAAAGAAGAAGAAAAAAGAUUCAAAAUUCCUAUUUUUGAUAGCAAUUGCAAAGCGUGCCAUUUUAACACCUCUUCACCCGGGGGCUUACUACCUUUGGCUGGGGAGAUUAACAAAAUGCUACAAAAAUGAGUAAAAUAUGCACAAAACAGACCAUUUUUAUGUAAUUUUAAUGUUUGCAGUUACCUCAUACACCGUACAUUCCAAAAUGAAAAUUUGUUAUACUAUACAUACUACCAGACAUAUCACUUUACAAUGUUCGUUAUGGGAAAAAUGUAUAAUCAUAGAUAUGUAUCUAAAGUGUAUCUGUAUAGUCAUGAUAUCUACAAAGGAUCCAUGCACAAUAAAAGAUUUAUAAUUCUU